AGCUGUGGAGAGAGAGGGAGGAGAGCGCGAGCUUCAUUGAGGCCGAUUCUUGGGAAUUCUUGUGGAGUUCAGUGCAACCUGCCCAGGAUCUAAACCCAUGUGGAAGUCAUUGCGGACCUGCCCGGCUUCACGCGCGCUUUCCGGCUGAGCCAUUCACCCUCAGACGCAGCUGCGCAACAGCAGGUGUCUAGGAUAACCACAAUGAAGAAUUCCCUGGAUAUCCGGGACGGUGCGCCGGCGGCUUUAUCGAAAAUGGAGUCCUUAUCAGAGCUGUCGGAUCUGUACAUAAAUUCGAGCCUUUUGAACAUCUCCACCAACAGCAGCAACGCCUCCAACCUGACCAGUAUCACCUACUACCCAUACUACCAGCACUCCCUGCCUGUGGCGGCCAGCCUCAUCCUCGCCUACCUCUUCAUCUUCCUGCUCUGCAUGGUGGGGAACGGUCUGGUGUGUCUGAUUGUGUUGGAGAACCGACGCAUGAGAACCGUCACCAACCUUUUCAUCCUCAAUCUGGCAGUGAGCGACUUGCUGGUGGGGGUUUUCUGUAUCCCGACUACACUGGUGGAUAAUCUUAUUACAGGUUGGCCCUUCACGAACACAGUGUGUAAGAUGAGUGGCCUGGUGCAGGGCAUGAGCGUCUCAGCGUCCGUCUUCACUCUGGUGGCCAUCGCUGUCGACAGAUUCCGCUGCAUUGUCUAUCCUUUCCAGCCCAAACUCACCUUGCUGGUUGCCAAGGUGACCAUCGUGAUGAUCUGGGUGCUGGCACUGGUGAUUAUGUGCCCGUCUGCGGCCACGCUGACCGCGGCUCAGGUCAAGCAUCAUUACAUGGUCCACAACCUGGACUACAAUCACACUUACCCUCUCUUCUCAUGCUUCGAGAACUGGGCUGACCCACAGAUGAGGAAGGUGUAUACCACGGUCCUUUUUGCCCACAUCUACCUGAUCCCGCUCACGCUUAUCACAAUAAUGUACGGUCGCAUUGGAAUCAAGCUCUACACCACCUCCGUCAUCUCUGGGAAUGAUCAGCAGGACAGCAGUGGUCACAACGCCACUCUUCCAGCCACUGGGGGGCAGCACCAUGAAGGCAGACCACUCAUCUCCCACAAGAAGAUCAAGGUGAUCAAGAUGCUUAGUGUGGUGGCCCUCCUAUUCACCCUGUCCUGGCUGCCCUUGUGGACCCUCAUGCUUUUGACUGACUAUGGUGGCCUGGACGAGGAAGAGCUGGAGUUUCUGUCUGGCUAUGUGUUCCCGUUUGCGCACUGGCUGGCGUUCUCCAACUCCAGUGUCAACCCCAUCAUCUACGGCUACUACAACGAGAACUUCAAGCGGGGCUUCCAGGCCAUUUGCAGGACACACUCGUGCUGUUGCUUCGCCAGAAGAGGUAGAAUGCAAAGACCUGGCAGAAUUGACCUGAGGGUUGGCGGGCAGAGGGACUCUGUGGGUAACUCCAACCCUCUGCCUUUUGGCACAAGGAACAGAGUGUACACCGAUGGAAACUUGAAGAACUGCAGAACGAGGCAGGAACAAGAACAGAACAGGGCUGCCUGCAGGGUCAGCAGCUCUGUCAGCAUGGAUGAUGCAGGGUCUGUUGCGGGCAAUGAGGCCAAAGGGGUUGCUGCUCAAAAGGGCCUGCAGAUGGAGGACCUUGGGAAGAUCAGUCCCAUAGGUGUGACCGUGAGUCAAGCCUGGGACCAGUAGAAGACAAUUAUUCAGCAACCGCUGAGACUCUGUGAUACCAGGGAAACCAUGAUGGGAACAAGUUGAAAAAACAAGUUGAGUGUUGGGAUUGAUUGACUGUUGUACACUGUUGCAGAGGAUGGCCUUCCCAAUGGCCUGGUAUUAAGUUUUAUCAGUUAUUGUCUGGAACAUAGUAGUCCAAGUUUGGGGUUUAACAAACCAUGUGUUUCAGACAUAACACCCAAAAGGAUGUUACACUACAGUUUCUUCUCUCUUCAGAUUCCCUUCAGGUUCUGCUCAUUGUCUACCCUUUCAAGUCCAAACUCAGAGGAAGAAAGGGCAGCUGUGGUGGAAAUGGGUUGUGCUAUUCUGAAGCAAAUUCCAAGUUAUCUAGUGUUGGGAUUGCUGUUGUAAACAGCAAAGGAUGAAACCUCUCUCAAAAGCCUGGUAUUAAGUUGUUAUAUCCGAGGUCCUCAAUUUGCAGUUUAGCAACCCGUAAUGUGUUUGGGUAGAGAUCUGUUUUGACAUACACAGAGAGAGCAUCCAUCUCUAACAGUAAACGGGUCUGCAUGGUAACUACUGCACUGCAGGGGAAGAGCGAACACUUUUCUUAGCACUCUGCAAUAGAAAGAAUUCAUCAUUGCCAAAAUUACAGAAUAGCACAGAUUUUUUCUUAGAUGUGUGUGGAUGUGUAUCCUUGUGUGUGAUCAGGAAGGCAGGCAUGUUGAGGUUGUAGGCAUGCAGUAUGUGUGUGUGUGUGUGUGUGUGUGUGUGUGUUUCUGAUUUGAGGGUCGACCUGAAUGACCUUUGUUUGGGAUGUGAACAAUGUGAGAAUGCCCUGUGUCUUAAGAGUUUAUAACAUUUCCGAAGGAGAUGGACUGAUAUAAUGGAAAAAGACUUUGUGUCUAUUAAGGACAUUUUAAGGACAAGUAGCAGUUUGCAUGAUGGACGUGGACGUGCCAUUCAUAAGAAUGCAUGUUGAAGGAGCUUGUACAGAGCUAAGACAGCGUACUUCAGACUCGGAGGUCUUAUGAAGGAAAGAUUGGGUUACACUUUAUAAGGAUAGUCCACUUUAGAGGCUUUGUAAAUACUUAGUUUACUUUUAAGUUACAUUCAAGUAAGUAUCUGCUAAAUUGACCUUAAUAAGUCUAAACCUGCUCUAAUCUUAACCCUAAGGUUAACCCCUUAAAA